AUGAUCAAGCCGCGCAACCGCCAGUUGAAUAGCUCGGUCAGUGUGCUACACAUUGCCAUGAAGGCUCGAAUGCUAACCGCAGCGCGGCCAUAUCUGCAGUUGCUCGCGCUGCUUACGCUGACGCCGCCGCCCAGCUUCUAUGAGAGGGUUACGCAGCGCUGUGAGCGGCUUCUAUUGAUGCUCGGCUUUGGCUGCUACAGUUUCUGCUUUCUGCUGUUAGCCAUAAAAGUGACCUAUGUAAAUAUAGUAAUACUUAACUUUGAAAUUCUAAUUUUGGAGGUCGAAGAUUUCACAAGCGCCCAGGGCAAGAUACAAAAGCUCUGCUACCCGAUACUCCUGGCCGUGAUUCAUGGCAAUAUGCUGAUAUACUUUCGCAAACUGGGUAGCAUUUAUGUGGAGAUAGCUGCCCUGGAGCUGGACAUAGAGGUCGCCUCGCAGUCUUUCGUUGGGCUGGGAAAGCGUUUUAAAUUUCGUCAACGUUUGGCCAAAUUUAUUGGACUGUGGCUUGCCUUUCUUAUAAUUGCUUUUCCCUGUGUAUCGGUGCCCUCAUUGACCGACUAUAUGGACUGGUACAACAAGAUCUUCACCGAAUUCAUCUUGAUGGUGCUGCAGCUGAAGAUUGUGGAGUAUGGCUUGUUUGUGGUCUUGGUACAGGAGCUACUGCUGCGUCUGCGCUGCUCGCUCAUCCACCUGCAGCAGGAGUUUACCACCUGCGAGCAACGCGUUCUGCUCCAAGCCUUGUGUGUUGCACUCCAACGCAAUAAGUUGCUGGUGGCACGUGUCUGGAAGCUGGUCGGUGAGCUAGAGGUUUACUAUACUCUGCCAAUGCUAUUCGUAUUCGUGAACAACGGCGUGGCCAUGCUGCACAUCGUCAACUGGGCCUUUAUACAGACUCUAAACCCAAAUGAUUGUGCCUAUUGCCGUUUCACGCGAUUUGGCAAUGUUAUGGUUCUGCUAAUCAACCUCUUGAUACCUUGCUGGCUCAGUCAAAACUGCAUCGAUACGUACCAGAGCAUUAAACGUAUUAUUCACAAUAUCCGCUGCAGCUUCGGAAAGUGCAAUCCGGUUCAGCUUAGCAAUGUGCUGCGCGAAUAUGCCCUUCAAAUGGAGCAUUUGAAGCUGCGCUUCACUUGUAGCAAUUUCUUUGAUAUAAAUCUAAGAAACUUUGGUGGCAUGGUGCUCACAAUAGUUACUUAUAGCGUUAUUCUGAUACAGUUUAAGCUCCAAGACUUGGUUGAGGCAAAGCGAAAACUGAUGCAGAAAGCUUAG